ACGCAUCCCUGGCGGCGUUUGACAGGAGGCUGUCCUUGGUUAGCCCGAGCUAGCCAGAGCGAGCUAAACAAAACAACGCGUACACAUCCUCUGCAUGAACUGUAUGUGAAGUCACCGCUUGGUUGUUACAGGUCUGUCGGUGACUGCGAGGCCCACCGCCCUCCCCUGCCCACCUCAGAUCAGAGCUGAGGGUUUGGGGUCAGGGUCUUGGGCUAAUGUCAUACAGUCCCAGUAAAGAGGGGGGUCUAUCUCAGGCUGCCCCGAACAUCAACUCUCAAGACCUCACUCGGACUGCGGCGACGGGGAGCACACCUGAGGAUCAGGUGUCACCUAUGGUGGAUGAGGCUUCUCCUUCUUCCACGUCAUCCUUUGAGAUGCUUGACAUGGAGUCGGUCCCAGCUCCUUAUCAAGAAGUGCAGCCGCACUGGUUCUUUUGUCGACGGGCUGAGGACAGCACCUCAUGGCUUCCUUUUAGCAGAGAGGACUCUGACAAAUUAGAGAAUGCCUGCAACACUAUUGGAGAAAAAGGGGAGCAGGAGGUGGUUGUAGCUGUUGAUGGAGAGCGGUAUGACGUGCAUGUCAGGGAGAGGAAGCGCUACGCUGUGUACUGGGAGCAAGCUCCCACUGAAGUCCGCCGCUGUACCUGGUUCUAUAAAGGAGAUAAAGACACCAGGUUCAUGCCUUACCCUGAGGACUCCGCCAAACGUCUGGAGGAGGCGUAUAUGAUUGCAGUAACUUUGGACGAAUGGAAGACAAAACUAGUGUUUCCCACUGGAGAGACUGUCAUCUUACAUAAUCCCAAACUGAUAAUGCAGUAUCUGCCAAUAGGAUUGCAGGAUGAGUGGGUUUCCUCCCCCUCGGAGCACACUAGGCCUGGAACAGUCAAGAGAGGAGUGAGCAACAUACCUGUAGAAAUACCCGAUGGUGAACCAGAAAAGGUGGAUCACCUUGUCUUCAUGGUCCAUGGCAUCGGUCCUGCAUGUGACUUGCGCUUCAGAUCCAUCAUACAGUGCGUAAAUGACUUCAGGAGUGCUUCCCUGUCCCUCUUGGCCUCUCAUUAUAAGCGAGCUCAGCAAGAUGGUAAGAUAGGAAAAGUGGAGUUCCUGCCUGUCAACUGGCACAGCGCUCUGCAUGGGGAUGCCACUGGUGUGGACGAGGACAUCCAGAGGAUCACUCUGCCCAGCAUCAGCAGGCUGAGGCAUUUCACCAACGACACUCUGCUGGACCUGUUUUUCUAUAACAGCCCCACGUACUGCCAGACCAUAGUGGACACUGUGGCAUCAGAGAUCAACAGACUACACACCCUCUUCAAACAGAGACACCCAGAGUUCAACGGGGAAGUUUCAGUUGUGGGCCAUAGCCUGGGUUCCUUGAUCCUGUUUGACCUGCUAACCAAUCAGAGGACUGGAUCAGAAGACAGAAAGGGGGCGCCCUCUGAUGAACCUUUUCGUCUAAACUGUGACACACUGGAGCAGACUCUGUCCAGACUGGGCCUACAGCAGUACCUGGAAACGCUCCAGGCAGAAAACCUAGACCUGGAAUCACUGGCUCUUUGUCAAGACAGUGACCUUAAAGAUUUGGGAAUUCCUCUCGGACCACGGAAGAAGAUCCUGAACUACGUCAGGAGGAAAUGGCUUCCACAGGAUAAGACAGGGGCAAUACGUCUGGCACCGGGUUUGCAAGCUCCUCCUCCAGUGACCAGUGACGCCGAUGGUAACCAGUCUUCAGAGUUGACAAUGCAGCAGUCCCAGUUCCACAGGGCGCAGUCUGUCACCAGUGCUGUAGACUACGAGUACUUUGAUAUGGGCAUCGGACAGGUAUCCAUUGAUUACCCACAGCUGGCUUUCCACCCUCAAACGUUUUUUGCUUUUGGCUCUCCUAUCGGAAUGUUCCUGACUGUUCGUGGGCUUAAACACAUCGAUCCCAACUACACGUUCCCAACCUGCAAGAGCUUUUACAACAUCUACCACCCGUAUGACCCUGUGGCCUAUCGGAUAGAGCCCAUGAUUGUGUACGAGGUGGAUCUGGAGCCCAUGCUGAUACCUCACCAUAAAGGCCGCAAAAGGAUGCACCUUGAACUGAAGGACAGCUUGACCCGUAUGAGCAUGGAUUUGAAAAACAAUGUUUUGGGAUCACUGCGGACGGCGUGGCAGUCCUUUUCCAGACUACCAGUUGCUGCACUGCCACCAGUGGAGGCAGGAGAAACUACAAUAGAGAGAGAUCUUCAAGAGCCACAGACCUCAGCGGCAGUCACUGCUUCUGCUAAGAGGGAAGAGAAAAGUGCUGAUUUUUGGACUAAAAUACUGGAGUGGCCCAGAGCCCUUUAUAAGCAUUACUUCAAAGGAGUGUGUGUGGAGUCAGAGUGCUCAGUGUCAGCCGAGGAGAAAGAGCAGCCUGAGAUUAAAAUGGGUAUGUUGAAUGAAGGUCGAAGGAUUGACUUUGUGCUUCAGGAAAAACCCAUUGAGAGCUUCAAUGAAUACCUGUUUGCCAUCCAGUCUCAUCUGUGUUACUGGGAAUCGGAGGAUACGGCUCUCCUGCUGUUGAAGGAAAUCUACGACAAACAAGGUGUGGCCUUUGAACAGCCACAACAGUAAUAAAGUUUUAUGAAUGUAGACUUGCUUUUUAGCCUGUCAGUAACCGGAAAGUGAGAAAAUGAAGGACGUCUGACAGAACCAGAGGCUACACAAUCCUCCUCCAGAAUGCCUUACCGUCUGGGUGUUCCCUGACUGCCCUGCCCUCCCCUCCCUUGACAAUGGAGGCUGCUCGGCUGCAGUCAAGUGAUCUCGGUUCAGAUAUGUCAGUCAGUUUCAGUUCAGCAGUAGCAGUGGCUUCUCAAAUACCAUUGCAAGACUGGGUUUAGUAUCUGAUAUUGGUUUGAGAUGCACACAAACAUCAGUGUCAUGCUCCUGGUCGCACAUUCAUUUUUAUUUUACCCUACUUUGCACUUUCACUAACAGUUGUUGACAUAUCAAGCAUAGGGCUCAAAAAAACAACAACUUCAAUGAUAACCUAAAGAAACGCACAAUACUUGUUCAAAUUAAGGAACUAAUUAAGGAAUUAUAAUUAACUAUGACUCUUAUUAUGUGUGUUCAGCAGGGUCUGGCCCUUUAAACUUCAAGCUCUCUUUCUUAACCCAGGAACAUUAGAUCAUUAGAUGGCACUUUUAUAAAUAACUGGGUUGGGUGGUUUUAUUUGUUAACUAUAAAAAGUUUACUGUCUGAUCAGGAAUGUAAAGGUUGAUUUCUUGUCUGUUACAACUCCUCCAGGCAGCUACAUUACAACAUUAAGGCCACUCCAAACCCAAAGCUGCUACUCCCACAUUUGUGUAAUGUAACAGUAAUGUUGACAUCACUCCUUUCUCAUCUCACUGAUGUAGUUUUGUACUCACAUUAUUAUUGAAAGUGAAGUUUGUUUUACCCUCUAAUCACCUUUUUAUUUAACAUGCAAUAUGUAUUGAAGUUUACCCAAGAAGUAAUCCAGAUGAAGAGUUGUUUCAGAAAUUAAGUAGAGAAACACAGAUGCUUUGAAGGAUGUACUGUAUGUUAUAACAGUGUGCAAACUGCACAGAAAGACCAGUUCCACCUCCUCUCCUCCAGGUCUGUGCCAUUCACCCUUUACCACAUUCUUCUUUCUGCUAUAUGGCAGUCGACCCAAAAUCUAUGCUUAAGUAAUUAUUAUUACGAUACACACUUGCAUCCUACAUAGACAAGUUCCUACUUUUGCGUAAUCAUAAGGGCCAAAUGGUACACGUUCCUCUCAUCUGUUCCUUUGGGUAGUACAGUAUUGUAAAAUCAUAUUUUAUCUGUAUUGCAUGCACUUUUUGUUAUGUUAGAGCAGAGUUUCUCAACUUUUCUGUUGCAGAAAUGUUCAUAGUUGUCAUCAGGGAGAGAGUUUUCACAUUGAAAUCAUAUGAAUUUGAUUUAAAGAGCAUGACAAAUAGAUUAUAUAGAACUUUAUUUUAUAAUAAAACAUGUGAGACAAAUAUAAAAUAUAUCUGCACCUUCAUAUAAAGCAACACAGGGUCCAGACUACGAAUUUGAGAAACUCUGUUAGAAGUGAUUUAACUAUAAAUGACUUGUAUCGUAUGCACUGUCAGGGCACCGCAGCCCACGCCACCAAAGCUCUGAACGACCUGUAGCACCCGCACAGCAGUUAAAUGAACCUUACACGGUUGUUCAUUUCUCUUCCUUUUAUAAAUGCACUGAACACUAAAUGAUCAUGUUGAAGUUUCACCAUCCUCUCUCUGUUUCUGUCUUUUUUUUGUGUCUAAACAGUAAAACAGGAGCUCCUCUUCCUUACCAUAACUAAUGUUUUUGCACUUGAUACUAAAAUGUUGAUACAUACCAAAAAAUAAAUACAAAUGUUCUCCUUUCUGAAUACAUACCCUAUAAAUAUGGUUACAUGUUUUGUGUGCCAUAAUAAAACAAGUGUCUUGUAGUGUU